UUCUUUCUCUGCACUCUGCAGUCUCAAAUCCUUUACUCUUCCAUUGCAGCUCAGAACCUCUUAUCAGUCUUUCUUGGAGUCGUGGAAGGUUUCUUGGGGGGUGAAUCCGGUGUUGAAGUUCGCUCCUUUUCGGGCGUCUUCGAGCUCUGGCCAUGUCAAAAUCCUCGCUUUCACUGCCCCUCGAAACGUGGAGAGCAAUAACGAAAAAUGGGCUAAACCCAAUAUCAGAUUCGGCAGCUGGAUUCAUUUCGUGCCGUCGUUUCUCUUUGGCUUUGGUGUGUGAUUUCCCUGCUGAUGACAUCUGCUAAUCUUAUCGACUGUCGAGACGAGCUUGAUUCGCGUAAUCUUGACCCGCUGAUUAUUGAAUUUGACUAAGAAAAUCUGCCCGGUUGUGCUUUUUGAUCAUGUCUAGGCUUAGAUGUAUUGCUCUUGAUUGCUAAAAUCCAGUGUAAUUUAUUGCAUUAAAGAUGUUGAAAUCACCGUGUCGUCUUUAGAUGCUGUCGUGGCUCAGCGUUUAAAAUCAAAGCUAAACUCCAAAUGUUGUAGGGAAGUUUUCGUCCUAGUUUCUGUUGCAGCACUGCUAAUUACAAUGAUUGAAAUUAACUUGCUGCGCCGAUGCUUGGAUUUGGUCUAGUGUGCUAUUGGUUGUUAGGUUAGAGAAUGUUAUGCCCUCUUGGAAUGCAGUGAAACAUGAAGGUUACCUUCUGUCUACUGAGGGAGAUUACUGUUGCAGUUUAUAUUCUUUUCUAUUAUCUUUUUUCUAUAAGCUAGCCAAUUCUAUAUACAUGUUGUAAGGGAGCUUGUAUAUUUUCAUGUUAAGCGGUAUACCCAGAAAAUUUUUCGGGGACAUCAUGCUAGUUUGAAAAAAUUUGAAUUGCUAGACGGAUAUGAUGACUGAAUAAAAUGGAGUUAUCAGGCAAUCUAUUGCGUUGGUAAUGUUUGCAUCCAAGCAGUGUGUCUCCAAUUGCCAAGCAACUUUAUCCAAAGGACUCUGGUUUUAUGUCAAUGUUGAAAUGUCUUCCGGAAGAUCGUUGAUGUUGUUUGUCAGUUUCAAGGUUCAGCCCAGCAUCGCUUUCAGGUCUGAAGUUAUCUGAGGAGAUUACUAAUCCUAUAGCUGAAUCCUCUGGUCCCGGAAGAAUACAUUCAAGACUGUAAAUUGAUGCACCUUGUCUGAUCAAAUGAUGGCAGAGAUAUAUAGUUACACAGCUUGCAGACAGUUAUCCGAAUUACUCUUGUCAAUUAUCUUCUUCCAUGGGUCUGAGUAUAUCCUUGCAGUUGCCUUUCAUGGAAGAUCAAAUGUAACUCUUAAAUCCCUCUUGAUCAGCCAAAAUUAUCUUCUUGCAAUGUUCUUUUCGCUGGUGGAGUAUAUUGUUGAAGUUUCUCUAUUUCCAGCUUGGAAAGAAUUCUGGUGGAUCAGCAAUUUCGGCGUAGCCAUGAUUGUAGUUGGCGAAAUCAUUAGGAAGAUGGCGAUUAUAACUGCUGGGCGGUCGUUCACGCAUUUGAUCAAAAUUAAUCAUGAGGAUCAUCACAAGCUGAUAACUCACGGAAUCUAUCGGUUUAUCCGUCAUCCUGGAUAUUGUGGAUUUUUCAUCUGGUCGGUCGGGACUCAGAUAAUGCUGUGCAAUCCCGUGUCUACGUUUGCAUUCGCAGCAGUCGUUUGGCAUUUCUUCGCAACACGGAUACCGUAUGAAGAGUUUUUCCUGAGACAAUUCUUCGGGCAAGAGUAUGAGAAAUAUGCCCGAACUGUCCCUUCAGGGGUUCCAUUUGUGAAGUGAGUUCUACAGCUCAAGGUCUUGGGAAAAGAGUGUAGCAUCCUAGAUUCAGUUAAUAUUGUCUGGUGGAGGCGUGUAUGCGCUAGUUAGAUUGGAUCGGACAAUGUUGAGGCUUCUAUUUGUUAGAUGAAACUCUUUGAGCCUCCAGGUACAGAUUAGACUAUUUAUCAGUUGUAAGCACAACUUCACAAAUUGCGAAAUCAUCUUUGCUCAGUAUAUUUAUUUUGAAAA